AUGAUUCGCGAACAAAGCAUGACCUCCAUCACCACCACCAUCCUGUCGAGCCCUGGCUCUCCGCCUGGCAUGACCACGUCCAAGAGCUCCAAGUCGUCCUCCUUCCAAUCCCUCAACAGCGACGACGGCAGCGUCCUGGCCGACAUUAGCCACUUCGAAGACAUUGGCCUCGAUGAUGACAAUGCAACCCUCAAGAGCCCGAACCACGUCUCUGUCCGACGCGGCCCCUCCCCGACGGCACCCUCGACCAGACAGCUUGCUGCCAACAAGCGGCCGGUGCCGCGGCCUCGACGGUCAUUUCCCAAUCUGCACAACAGCCUGUACGCCUCCAAUCCGAGGAGUACCAGCACAUCGGGUCUGACCGACCCGCGGCCACUGGUCCUCACAAAGGUCCACUCGACGACAUCGCUUCCUGUCCCCCGCCGGCACCGGAGUUCGAGCCCCGGCUUGGCACUCAGUGCCCGAGACCCCAACUUCCUGCCCAGGCCAAGGCGAGGCAGCUGGCAGGCCAAUCGCGACCGCAAGACACCCCAAGAGCUCGAACACGAGUGCGAUGAAGACGACGGCGACGACAUCCCCGACGGCAUCUUUCUCGACAAUGUACCCAUCUCUCCUCGCCCUGCCGGUGAGCGACCCCCUAGCAGGGCUCCCUCAAUCUCACCGUCGCCUGAACGCGCCCCCAAAGAGCGAGUCCGGAGCGUCGGAAAUGGCACGCCCCCUGUUGCCCAGGCGCAGGGCUGCCUGCGGUCGCCCUCUUGGAAGGCUGACGGGUUCGAUAAGCCUCCUCCGAGUCCAUUGAAGAACCGCGCUCUCAGCUGGAACGCCGCCCACGCCGAGCUCAGUGCCGAGGCCAGGGCGUUGACGGAAAAGCUCGAAGAGCAUGCGGACGAGAUUGUCGAGCAGUACACGCGGCGACCGUCUGCAUCUGGGCGACCCAAUACAUGGAACUCAAGCCAAACGCCCGUCGACUAUUUCUACGACAAGAAGGAACGUGUCAAGUCGUCGACGCCCGAGCUGCCACCUCUACGCCGCACAAACAUCAUGGUCGACCCUCUACCCAUCUCCAAGGAAAAAGAGGCAGUCCUUAGCCGGACCAGGCCUUCCUGGCUGCCCCCCAAGGACCCUGCGGAGGAACGGCGCCAUCUUAGGGAGUACCAGAAAAUGGUGGCUGCCAGCGCCAAAGCGGACGAGCGGCGUGAGGCCGCUCGUAGGUCCAAGGUGGAGUCCCGAGACAAUAACGCCGCCAGUUCAAUGCAGAUUUGGGAGAACGAUAUUAUCCCGCGUUGGAACGAGGCGAUCCGGGAGAGGAGGACCAGAGACAUGUGGUGGAAGGGUAUCGCCCCGCGCAGCCGCGGCCAUGUUUGGGCACGGGCCAUCGGCAACGAGCUCGGUCUCACCGAGGCGUCCUUCAAGACGGCGCUGGCACGAGCUAAUGAGCUCGAGGCCCGUGUCAAGGCCGACAGAGGAGACCCCGACGACCUGAAGAGGGCAAAGUGGUUUGCGCAGAUCCGCAAGGAUGCAGGCGAGAGAACGUGGAAAGAUCUCCGCAUCUUCGAAGUCAGCGGACCCCUGCAUCAGGCGUUGGUGGACGUCCUGAGCGCGUACGCCAUGUACAGAAACGACAUCGGUUACGUUUCUGGCAGCCACACAAUUGCUGCGCUUCUGCUGCUGAACCUGCCGAGCCCCGAGGCUGCCUUCAUUGCCCUGGCCAACGUCCUCAAUCGACCGCUUCCGCUUUCGUUUUUCACCUCUGAUCACGGCGCCCAGGCGUCUGCCUACAACCUCGUCAUUCAAACCCUCAGCCACAAAUCUGCCGCGCUAUUCGAGCAUCUCACAAAGACCAUGGGAGACGUGGACCCCGAUUACUAUCUCGGCGAUCUAUUCACGAGCGUCUUUACCGGUUAUCUCGCCGUCGACGAGGCCGCCCGUCUAUGGGAUGUAUACAUAUUCGAGGGCGAUGCCGUUCUCGUUCGCGCCGCGGUGGCCGUGCUGCUGUCUCGCGAGAUGGCGCUCCUGGGCAGCAAGACGGCGGAGGAGAUCAAGGCCGUAAUAGCCAAAGGAAACGCCCCCAAAUCGUCGAUCCGAGCCAUUGGCGAGGUCGGAGCCGAAGACCGCUUUAUGCAGUUGGUCCGCGAGGCUGGGAAGGCGUGA